ACUCUGUGCCCUGCCGCCUGCUCGGUCAGGUAUACUCAGCUCCAGUGGGUAUACAGGAGCUGCCGUGGUUUACACAGAGCUACACCGGGUAUACAGGCGUUGAAAGGUCUUAUACCAGCAUCUGAAGUGAAGUGUACUAAAUUAAUAACUCGGUGAACAGCAAGAAUUAGUUUGUCUUUAUAGGAAAGAAUUGUGUAGCGGUGGAUGAGGAUGGAGGGGCCGGGAGCCGACACGAGGCCAGGCGCCCCAGUACGGUGCCUCGCACACCUCACUCGUCGCGGCGUGCUGGUGUCGACGCUGCUCUCUCUCCUCAUCGUAAGUCACCAUCUUGCCUUCACCGUUGUGGUUGUGGUGGUGAAGGUGGGCGUGGUCUACGGCAGCCCUCACCAUCCCCAGCUCACCAUACCGGACCUCCUCGACCCCGCCUCCUGCCCCCCCACCUACCACCAACACCCUCUGGUGUUGGUGUCGCUGGACGGGUUCCGGGCCGAGUACCUGAGGCGGGGGGUGACGCCGACGCUGGAGCUGCUGGCCGCCCGGGGCACCAGGGCCCCCUACAUGAAGCCUUCCUUCCCCACCAUCACCUUCCCCAACCACUACACCGUCGUCUCGGGGCUGUACCCUUCGGCACAUGGGAUAAUCGCCAACCGGUUCUACGAUCCGGUGUUCAAAGCCGAGUUCCGUCCAGGGCGACCUGAGAGCUUCGAGCGUCGCUGGUGGGGCGGGGAACCCAUCUGGAAGACUCUACAGAGCCAGGGCAAGAUGGCAGCGACGUACUACUGGCCGGGGUCCGAGGUAGAGGGUAACCACCCCAGCUACUGGUACUACUACAACGAGUCAGUGCCCUUCCACGCUCGCGUUGACAAGGUGUUGUCGUGGCUGGACCUGCCUCCUGAGACCAGACCUGCCUUCAUCACCCUGUAUAUGCACGAACCUGACCAGACAGGUCAUGAGUACGGACCGUACUCCCAUGAGAUGGAGCAAAUGUUGGUCGGUGUUGACUUAGAGGUGAAGCGCCUGGUGGAGGGGCUCCAGGCACGCAGCCUCCUGGCCUGCGUUAAUCUGCUGGUGAUCUCUGACCACGGCAUGGUGCAGGCGGGGCAGGACAAAGCUAUCAACCUCAGCUCCUUCAUCCCCAACCUCGCCAACGAUACCAGGUUCUGGAAAGGCGCCUUCGGAAGAUUUACGCCUCAUGAUAACACACCCGCCACCACGACCACCAUGAUGGAGGCUCUGGCUUGCCGCCGACCACACCUCCGGGUCCACCACAGGCAUCUCCUCCCAGUCAGGUGGCACAUGGGGUCUCAGCGCCGCGUGGAGGACGUUGUGUUGGACCUGGACGCCGGCUACACCGUCGGGGCGGACCAGUCCUACAAGGCUGACGAAGGAGAUCACGGCUACGACCACUACCUCCAGUUCAUGAAUGCGCUGUUUCUGGGCCACGGACCAGAGCUGCGGAGGAACACGGAGGUGGAGGCCUUCCACAACAUCGAACUCUACAACCUGAUGUGUGUGCUGGUGGGGGUGGAGCCCGCCCCCAACAACGGCACCUGGGGCGCUCUCCACCACCUGCUGGCCAGCCCGCCCCCGCCGCCCCUGCCCUCCUACCACGUGAUGCCCCCUGUAGCAGAGGUGCCUGGGGAAGAGGAGCUGGGGCAGCGAUGGUCAGGGGCCCAGUGCCAGGGGGACAACUUGGAUACGGUGCCACUGAUAGGGACACUAGAGGGGGCUCGAACCAUGAUGACAAGUGUUGUGUCGGAACACUUACCCUGGGGCGUCCCUCAGUCACAACACUCAACACUCCUGCUCCUACAGCCAGACUGUGUCACUGCUUAUUCCCCCGUGGUGAAGCUUCCUCUGUGGACGAGCUUCACGGUGUCCAGUGAUGCUGCCCCCUGGAGGAGUGACGUGAGGCUGGGGCCACAACACACCCCUGGUGCUGCUGCCCCCUGGAGGAGUGACGUGAGGCUGGGGCCACAACACACCCCUGGUGCUGCUGCCCCCUGGAGGAGUGACGUGAGGCUGGGGCCACAACACACCCCUGGUGCUGCUGCCCCCUGGAGGAGUGACGUGAGGCUGGGGUCACAACACACCCCUGGUGCUGCUGCCCCCUGGAGGAGUGACGUGAGGCUGGGGCCACAACACACCCCUGGUGCUGCUGCCCCCUGGAGGAGUGACGUGAGGCUGGGGCCACAACACACCCCCUCCUGCCCCAGCUAUAACACUGUCCUCGCCUCCAAUGUCUCGGCUCACCCGCUCUUCCCUCCUGAGUUCAGCAGCAGGAGAGAGUAUGGUGACUUACCUUACCUGAUCAGUAAUGCACUGCCCUUCACCGCCCAAUUAACGAAGCGGUGGCAGCAACUGCUGGAGUUGGUGAGGGAGUGGGCACUCCUCCACGGGCCGCUCAACCUCCUCAGCGGCUCCGUCUUCGACUACGACGCAGACACUAUUGCUGAUGAUCUGGCUACAGUCAGCGAGGGCGGAGGACUGGUGGUGCCGACCCACGUGUUCCUGGUCGUGACCCGCUGCUUGGCGCCGGUGGUGCAGCUGGACCAGUGCCCCCACUCUCAGCUGGACGCUCUGGCCUUCGUCUACCCCCAGGACCUGGCCCUCACUAACUGUCUGGACGCCCGGAGCUACGCGCGAGAGAACAGCGCCAAGGUGCGCGACGUGGAGAUGAUCGCUGGCCUGCAGGUCUUCCCGGAUAUGCAAGAUGAAGAUCGCCUGCGACUGCAACUGAGAAUCCAUUCUAAUAUCUGGGGAGAUGAGAGCUGGUGGAACAGACUCCGCACUGAUGGCACUAAUCUCAGCAAAUGAUACUUCAAGUUGGGCAGACGUGAUGGGCAGGAAGCUCGCUCGGAAAUUAUCCACUUGCAUUCAAUACUGAAGCUAUUUCUUACGCAUUCAAGAAGCUCGUACUGUUUCAACAUGUUGUGAUAUUAAACAAUAUUUUACCAUUAUAUAUAUAUUUGUGCGUUUGUGUGCUUACUCACCUAGUUGUGCUUGCGGGGGUUCAGCGUAGGCUCAUUGGUCCCGCCUCUCAACUGUCA